AGUGUUUAGACUAUAUAGAUAUUUUUGUAUGGGGACAUAUCACAUUUACAAUAUUUGAUUAAAAACCACAGCUUUAUUUUGUAAGUAGUUUUUUUUUUUUACAGAAAAAAUAGAGAUAAAUGGAUUUUUGUUUAAAGCAUUUUCAUACCAGGGGAGAGAUUUGUUUGAGUACUUUGCUGAGUACAUCAAAUAUGACUCCAAUGAGGAGAGAAUUGUUGGGAAAAGGUUUGUGUGAAGGAACUUCUCCCCACCUGCAAGGUGACAGAGGUGACAUCUGAUGUCAAAGCUUUCCAUGUUCUGGACAGUUUGUUUGUAACUCUGCCAGCAUAUGGAUUUGGAGCUUUGCUGUUCUGCACAGAUUGCUGUGGCACCUUUCCAGAGCUGCAGUCCUUAUUCUUGCUUAGCCCCAACGUGUGGGAAUCAAGUUAAUCUCUCCAGUGCUUUGUCUCUUGGCGUCACAACAGUGCGUAAUUCACGCGUGACAUUGCCUAAAUUCAGUACCUGGGUCUUAGGUGCAAUGUUAGUAGUGUCCUGGCUGAACCUUUGUGCUGGUUUCUGUCAGUAAGAGACAAAAACUGGUAGUUCCUGAUAGAACAUGAGGGCACAAGUUUGCAAUUGUUGCUCACCUGUAGCACCCCAAAAUACAGAUUGCCAUGAAGUCCUCUGCAGGUGGUGUUCUGAUUUGCUCUUCCCUACAUUCUCCCUUCCUAAUGUCACUUCCAGCAUCUCAUUACUCCAGACCCAAGGCUGAGCCAGAUCCUGGGGAGUCUUCCCUGAUGAAGACACACAAGGUCAAAUUUAAAAAUAAAAACAACUGCAUAAAACCAAUACAAACCAAACACUUUCAGUUCAGGCAGCUUAGUGACCAGAGGAUGCUCUGCUUAAACAAUUAGGCUCCUUAUCCCAUCAGCAUGUCUGAUGGAACAGGCCAACCGCUUAAGCUACGAUUAUCUUAAAGCUGUCCAAGUCAGCUGCUUGUCUGACACUGCAAGAAUUUAAAGAGCUGAGCAGUAGAUAAGGAGACUGCAAAGCAGCAGCCCUGUUCUCCCUGCCCUGCGAGGAGAGAGCUCCAUGAGUUCAUCUGACGGUAAGGACAGCUUCACAUUGCUAAUAAACAUAGGGCUUGAAAAUGCCAGGGGAGAAUCUACCUUUAGGUAUGUUCUGUGUAUUUGUUCUUGUCUAACAACAUCUGCAUUAAAAUGUUUAAUAGCUUUAGUGAGGAAGUUGUUGAAGCCACAGAUGGGGAGGAAUGUUUAAAAUCUCAACUCAUAAAAUACAUGGACACAGGGUAUUAACUGAAAAAGCUUGUCUUCAGACUCGAUUCCCAUUUUCCUGAGUAUAAUAUUUCCCACUGUUUUUAAGUUGUAAAAACAGUGUAGCCCAGAAGAAGAGAGGUUGGCUGUGAGCUUCCAAGAUUAGUUUGUAUCCUAUUCCUCCCCUGGUCCUGGUGCAGUUGUUUCUCCUGCUGUUUAGGCACAUCCUCUUCUUGAUGUGAACUGGUUCAUGCACUGGCUGGUGUCUGCAAUAUAAAAGUGGGCAGAGGUGGUGUGGAGAACAUGAGGUCAGAGCCCUUGUAGUAAUUCCCUUCUGGUGGGAGUGGGUAUUUAUGACUGACCCUCUUUUAUCCUUUUCUAGUAGCAUUUUUAUUGUGAUUGCUCCUGCCCCAAAGUACUUCUUGUUUUCUAAACUGUAGUUUUGGGAAUUAACACUUGUGUGAGCCUCUCUUAAAGCACAGUAUUUAUGCAGUGAAAUACAACGAGGUACAGUACCAUCAUCUCAUAUUUUCUUCAUUGUGGCUUCAGACACACUCACUACCCAUCAGCAUCCCUUAAAGUAUAAUUUGAACCUGAGUGGAGCCAUUCUGGGUGACAGAUGCUGAGACACUGCUUUCCUCAGCACCCUGGGAGUUUGGGAAGAGCCAAUUUACAGCCCAAGCUGCAGGGGAGGUCAGUCCCCCUUGCAUGCAGGAGCUGCUCAAGGAGUAACAGAAAGUUGAGGGAAGGUGGCUUUGCUUACAGAUGUUUUCAGGCGUCACCUUUGUCAUUGCUGACGUGGAUUGUCCUUUAGGCUGAGCGCUCUUAAGCUGAGCAGAUGGGCUGGCUCCAUGUGGGAUCCCAACACGUUGCCUGUGCUGCAUGUUAGUGGCAGGACAUGUGCAGGAGCACAAAGCUCGUUAGAGGCUCUGCUUGUGCAGAGUUAUUAAAGGCUCCUGACAUAAACAGGCAAAGUGACAGCCCUGUUGUCAUUCUGGUACAACAAAGUGGAGUUGCAGUGAGUGAUUGUGCUCAUUGAUUGUGGCAAUCUCUGUGGCCUGGCAGCUCUUUGUGAGUCCUUUGUCAACACACAAAACUAUCCUGAACCAAAUCUCCCAUUACAGACUCUUAUUUUUGCUUUAAACAGACAGUUCUGUCACCCUUGUGUAUAUUCUUCAGCAUAUUUCCUCUUAGUGGAGUGUUUAUUCUUGUUGUCAUAGAAGCUGUUUGUUUUUAAAGGAAAAAAAAUAACUGGGAAAAGCACUUGGGGAUGUCACAUACAUAUUUACUGUGUGAUCUGAAGAUGAGUGCUGAGGACUUUGGGAUGAGCAGGCACAUGCUGCCAGCACCAGAACUUGGUGGAAGACUGGCUACCAGCUCCUAACAGUUUAUAAUCUAUUAAAGAAGUGAUUUUACACACUGUCAUCACUGUGAAGCUGAAAACUCAAGGCUUCAUGCAGCAAGUAAUGGCUUUUUAGUAAAUCGAGACAUUCAUAGAGAUCUGAUGGCUACACUUGCAGUAAUAUUUUCCCUGACAGCAUUCCCAAUUCACCAGCAAUUUUUCUCUCCCCUGCAAUUCCUGAUCUAAAACCAUCACCACAGUUAAAAUGAAUGCAUGGUUCCUAAAAGCUAAUCUUAAACGUGGCUUGUUUGACAUCCUCCAAAUUCCCAAGCUUGCCUAAUGCCUCCUUGUCUGGCUCCCAGCAAGCUGCUGCAGUGCCCAAAGGGAUGCCCUCACCUCAGCUCCCUUGGGAUGCUCCAUGUGAUGGCUUAGCAGCAUGAGGCCAUGUGCAUGAGCUCUGUCACCACAGGUUUUACAGACAGGGGAGACCUGCAAGGUGUCCUCCUUGGCUGUGCUUUCUCCCUCUGUAACUGGAAAAAGUGCUCAGUCCCAGCUUGGGGAAGGCAUCAUGCAAUGGUACUAGAGGGAGAAGGAGAGACAGGAGGGAUGGGAAGCAGCAAGGCAAGCAUGGAGGAGAAAAAUGCUCAGGGUCUCUGCCAAAGAAAGCCAUAAGCAUGGUCAAGUCUGGCUGGGUCAAGCUGAGAAUAGCAAAGGUUAGUUCAGACAAAGCUUCCUGGUGUUGGUAACUAAGAUUUUACCAAUCUGUUUUUACCCAGCUGGUACUUGAAAUAGCCAACCUAAGAGGUGCUAGCCCUCCCUCUUACAGUUUCUGUUUUCCUUCCUCCAGCAGCAAGAAAUCAGGCAGCAGCAAUGAACUACCUGGAUGAAAUUCCCUUCCGGAUGGCCAUGAGCCUCAGUGGGGGUUCAGAGGAAGAAAUCACUUUAGUCACUGCCCCAGACAUUGAGCUCCCUGACUGCACCGACAUCCUCAUGAGCACCAUGCACGACUUCUCGCUGGAAAGGAAAGUGCUGUACUGGGUGGAGGUGGCUUCUCAGCAGCAAACCUCCCGCCAUCGAGUCACCUCCGAAGUUGUCCCCACGGCUCCCCCGUGCUGGCUGCUGCUGGUGGACCCUGCCGACAGCUACGGAGGGCGGGGUCGGGACGGGGCGGUGCGGCGCUCCAUCAGCCUGAGCGCUGCUGACAGCUCCUACGGGCACGCCAAGGGCAGGGCGGUCCUGUCCGACACCGAGAGCGACACCUGGCACUCAGAGGAGGGUGAGUACUCGGAUGAUGAAUACUCCUCAACAUCUUGGGAAGAGAAUGACAAGGAUGAAACGGUCCUCUCCAGGAGGAGAAGCUCUGCGAGAAGUGUGUCUUCACGCCACGGCUUUUACCAGACCCGACCAAAGACAUCACCUGGCUUGCUGGAGCCCUCGCCAGAGAACAAUGUCCGUAGCCCAGCCAGCCCAGACCCCAGCAAGCAGAGAAGAUCCAUGGUGAUAUUUAACAACAUGAAGAAUGAGCUGGAAGCCGCCAGGAGGAAGCUGGCUGCUUUGGUGCAUCCUUUGAACAGAGCUGCCACAGGGAGCAGAGUGAUCCCAGUGCCACGACUGCUCCCCCAGUGCCCCGGCACCAACCGCAGCAUCAAAUACGGGCCAGAUCUGGACGUGUCCCAGCAGGGGACAGUUGGGCCAACUCCUCCGGCCACAGUCACACCAAUCCCUCCCAUCAAGCAGCACAAGCCCACGGUACCGUCCCUCAGCCCCUACACUUGCCUCCCCCCUGCCUCCACACCUGGACGACCUCUCAGCUGCCACAGAUCCCAGCCAGAUUCCUCGGCUGACCUGCUCUCUGCACUAAGCCAAGAAGAGCGAGACCUCAUCGAGCCUGUCAUAGCCCUGGGCUACCCCACCCAGAAAGCCAUCCUCACCCUCCAGAAGACAGGAAGGCAAAGCUUAAGUCAGUUCCUGAGCUAUCUGGGUGCUUGUGAUCGGCUGCUGAAGCAGGGCUAUGAGGAAGGGCAGGUGGAGGAAGCCAUGGAAAUGUUCCAGUACUCAGAGAAAAAGGCAGCUGAAUUCUUGCAUCUGUUGGCUCAGUUUAAUGAUAUGGGCUUCCAGCAAAAUGAAGUCAAAGAAGUUCUUUUGCUUUGUGGGAAUCAGAGAGAGAGGGCACUGGAAGAGCUUGUGAUGAAAACCCACUGAGCAGCAUCCUGGAGCAGUCACAGCUUCCUCUCUCCACACCAAACCAGAAGGACUCAGGUUAUUCUGCUGCUCCAUCCCCACCCCUGGAAGCACCAGACACACAACUUCACAUCUCUGCCUUGGUGUCUCAUUUUAUGGACAUGCAUCAUAAGAGUGUUUGUCAUUCAGGCAUUGACUGCAUAGCAGGAAUGUUUAUCUCCUCACCCACACAUCCCCACCCUUGAUCAUCUCAGCUGUUCAGAUUAGAUGAAAGAAGAUCCAAACCGCCUUCGGCUUAGAUUUUUGCAAAACCCAAACCAAACCGAUGUUCUCCCUACACCUGGGGUGAUGGGUGUCAUAUUUUCAGCUACAAUCAAAUGGGGAUUCUUUAAAGAUUAUAUAAAUCAACAGAAGAAAUUGUUUUCCUAAAAUCUGAAGGCUCCUGUAGGAACAUGUGUUGGUCCUGGCUUGGGAAGAGUCUCAGCUGACUUAGUCAUGGUUGAAUAUUGUAAUGGAAAUCCACUUUGAUCACAUUAGCUUCUCCUUUUAAACCAGAAAUGUGAGAAAAAUACACAGUUCCAUGUGGGUAAAGAAAGUAAACAAGCUGCCCUUGUUCUGAAAUACAUGAGGUUUAUCCAGUGCAAUGAAAAAUGGUGAAGGCAAAGCUUUGUCCUCAGGCAACUUCAUGAAAUCAAAACAGAGAGAUGGGGAACUGCUCACUGCCCUCAUGCUCUGCCCAAAUCAGGAAAAUUCAGGGGAUGCUUCCCUAAACUGUGAAGACAGUGUCUCCAAAUGAAGUGAAGCAUGAGUGUCAGCAUCAAGAACAUCUGGAUGCCCAAGGGAAUUUCUGUAUGUAACUGAAGGACAGAGAAUAGGAGAUUCAGAUCACUGUACAGGAUGUGUGUCUUGGCUUGGCAGCGGAACAGUGGACAGUGUUUUCACAUAAAGUAUGUCAUUUUCCUGUGAAUUAGAUACAGAUGUAAUUUCUUUGAGUAAAGAUGCUUGGGGGCAUUA